AAACUGACAGGGUAAUAUAAACCAACUAAUAUGUUAUUUUUGUCGAGCCUAUCAUCUCCAUCGGAACUAGGGUUUUCUUUUGUCGCCAUGAGUGCCCAGAAACAAGAAGAGCUCCUUACGGCUCUUCUCGAGCAGCAAAAGAUCAACCCAGAUGAGCCUGUUGUUGAGGAUGAUGAUGAUGAGGAUGAUGAGGAUGAGGAUGAGGAUGAAAAAGAUGAUGAUGAUAUAGAAGGUCAGGCAGGUGAUGCAAGUGGCAGGUCUAAGCAAAGCAGAAGUGAAAAAAAGAGUAGAAAGGCCAUGCUAAAGCUUGGAAUGAAACCCAUCCCUGGUAUUAGUCGUGUCACAGUGAAGAAGAGCAAGAAUAUACUCUUUGUCAUCUCGAAGCCGGAUGUGUUCAAGAGCCCGAAUUCCGACACAUAUGUGAUCUUCGGGGAAGCGAAGAUCGAGGAUCUGAGCUCUCAAUUGCAAACUCAGGCUGCAGAACAGUUCAGAGCCCCUGAUCUGAGUCAUGUUAUAAGCAGCAAGCCAGACACAUCAGUCGCCCAAGAUGACGAAGAGGAAGAUGAAAGUGGCGUGGAACCGAAGGAUAUUGAGCUGGUGAUGACCCAGGCUGGUGUUUCCAGGAGCAAGGCUGUGAAGGCUCUCAGAGCAGCUGAUGGCGAUAUUGUUACAGCCAUUAUGGAGUUAACCAACUGAAUACUGGAUUUGAGCUUUCUCAUUUGUUUAUGGUGAAGUCUUUUGGCUA